AUGGACACAUCAAGUUUCAUUAAUGCGCUUCGCCGUUUCUUCGCCAUACGAGGCCAAGCAAAGAUCAUCCGAUCCGACUGUGGUACUAAUUUCCAAGGAGCAUGCAGAGAGUUGAAUGCACUUGUGGUCUCGACCAAAGAUUCAAGCGUGACCAAAUACCUCAGUGAGGAAGGUUGCAAAUGGAUCUUUAACCCACCUCAUUCAUCCCACACGGGAGGAGCAUGGGAGAGGAUGAUCAGACUUUCGAGACGAAUCUUAGACUCCAUGCUUCCUCAAAUCAGCUCCUCACAUCUGACUCAUGAAAUGCUGUCAACUCUAAUGGCCGAAGUGUGUGCUGUGAUCAACGCAAGACCUCUCGUACCCAUUUCAACUGACCCCGAGUCGCCCUUUCUCCUCACUCCAGCAAUGAUCCUCAACCAAAAGGUGUGUACCCCGCACGCACCUCCAGGACCUUUUGAAGGUGCCGAUCUAUAUCGGAAGCAGUGGAAAAGAGUGCAGUACCUCGCAAGCAUAUUCUGGGAAAGGUGGAGACGAGAAUACCUUGCAUCUCUUCAAUCGCGCAAGAAAUGGCAAGACAACAAGCCUAAUAUCAAAGAAGGAGACCUGGUCCUCAUGAAAGAUGAUCAGGUGAAAAGGAAUGAAUGGUCACCAAAGCCAUCUCCAGUUCAGAUGGCAAAGUCAGGAAACUGGAACUCAAAGUUACAAAGAGUGGAACUGCUAAGAUAUUUUUAAGGCCUAUUACAGAGGUUGUUUUGC